AAUCAAACACUGAUCAACAGAGAGAGUGUGAUUUACAGCAAAAAAAAAAAAAAAGUAAUAAUGUAAGAAAAAACGAAGAAGAAGAAAGAAAAUGGAUUCUCAGAACACAACAACAGAAAAAAACUGGAAACACUCUCUUCUCUAUCUAAUCUUCAUCAUUUCAAUUCUUCACCUUACAAAUCAAACAAAUUUCUCACGUAAAUUAAUUCUCGGCAACGAAACAGUGCGUAUCAAGAAGAAUCCAGAACUUCCUCUCCGGUUCCGUUCCGACGGUACCUUCAAAAUCCUCCAAGUUGCUGAUAUGCAUUAUGGAAAUGGAAUAACGAGGUGUAGAGAUGUGUUAGCUUCUGAAUUUGAGUUUUGUUCUGAUCUCAAUACUACUCAAUUUUUGAAGCGUGUUAUUGAGGAUGAAAGUCCUGAUUUUCUUGCAUUUACUGGAGAUAAUAUAUUUGGAUCAAGCAGUCCUGAUGCUGCAGAAUCUAUGUUUAAAGCAUUUGGUCCUGCCAUGGAAUCAGGACUUCCUUGGGCUGCAAUUUUGGGAAACCAUGACCAAGAAUCAACUUUGAAUCGUGAAGAAUUAAUGACCUUAAUCUCCCUUAUGGACUAUUCAGUCUCCCAGAUCAAUCCAUCAGCUGAUAGUCUUACUGAUUCUGCUACUGGGCGCAUGAUCUCUAAAAUUGAUGGCUUCGGAAAUUAUAACCUAAGAGUUUAUGGUGCCCCAGGUUCAAUGCUUGCAAACAACAGUGUUUUGAAUCUUUUCUUUCUUGACAGUGGUGACCGGGUUGUUUAUCAGGGAAUUCGAACUUAUGGAUGGAUCAAAGACUCCCAACUUCAAUGGCUGCGUCAUGUUUCUCGAGAACUCCAGGGACAAGAGACUGAUGCUACUUAUCCAAUCAAAACACCGGCACUUGCAUUUUUCCAUAUUCCUAUUCCAGAAAUUCGGCAGCUGUUUUAUAAAGAGAUUAUAGGGAAAUUUCAAGAGGGUGUAGCUUGUUCUCGGGUGAACUCAGCAGUAUUGCAAACCUUUGUCUCCAUGGGAGAUGUGAAGGCCGUGUUCAUAGGCCACGACCACACCAAUGACUUCUGUGGGAAGUUGGAUGAGAUAUGGUUUUGUUACGGCAGUGGAAUCGGUUACCAUGGAUAUGGAAAAGCUGGGUGGCCAAGGAGAGCAAGAAUUAUACAGGCUGAACUUCAGAAGGGAAAAAAGUCAUGGACAAAUGUGCAGAGAAUUAUGACUUGGAAACGACUUGAUGAUGAGAAAAUGAGCAAAAUUGAUGAACAAGUCCUAUGGGAUCGAUUGCUUUCUAGAUGAUCAUUGCACUAUUACUCUGCUUCCUUAGGCACUCACAAGACAUGCACUGAACACAAUACAAAUGCCGACACAUAGAUCACCGUAAUGAUUUUAGAAAAUAGAAAUGAUUGUAUGUAGUUACAAAUGUCAAUGUCGUGUUGGACAAUGACACAUGUGAGAUACCCGGACACGUCUCCAAUUUGAAGUGUUUUUAUUUUUAUUUGUGUCUCCAAUUUUUUAUUUUUAUUUUGUUCAUUUUAAUUUGCUGACCAUCUUGCAAGUUGCAACCAAGGUUGAUGGAAGUGUUUAGGUCCAUCGUCAUGCUUAACACUCAUUGAAUUGUUAGAGAAUGCUUUUUUUUUUUGACAAAGAAUUGUUAGAGAAUGUUAGAAUCCGUAAAUUCUAUGAUUUCAUGAAA